GGUGCGUUUUCAAUACCACAUACACACAACAACUGUCAACUUGAUUUAGUGACUACAAAGUGUUAAAAAUUAUCGAAUUUAAUAAUUAAUGUUCAAGGAAAUAUUAUACGAAUUAAUAUUUAUUUAGAAUGUCUUCCCUUCAGAAAUCAAUGCUAAAAUCAAAAUUACCACCUACAGGUUUAAAAUUAGGAUUUACAUCAGGAGGAUGCAGAUCCAGAGCUUUACAGCGUAAAAGAGAUUAUGAGCCUGUACAAUGGUCAACGUAUUUUAGUGAUUCGAAAAAAAUUAAAAUUGGUGACAAUUCAUUUCAUAUUUAUACUCAAGGAGAAGAUGGACCACUUUUAGUUUUAUUACACGGUGGAGGUUAUAGCGCCUUAACAUGGGCUGAAUUUACGAAAUCUAUAAUUGGAAUGGUUGUCUGUCGAAUAUUGGCGAUAGAUUUAAGGGGUCAUGGAAAUACACAAACAACUGAUGAUGAAAAUUUAAGUGCUGAAACAUUGGCACAUGAUGUAGCAGCUGUGAUACAUGAAUAUGAUGAUAAUGCUCCUAUUGUAUUAAUAGGUCACAGUAUGGGAGGUGCUGUUGCUGUUCGAGCAGCACCAUUACUUACAAAUUUAGCAGGAGUUACAGUGAUAGACGUUGUUGAAGGAACGGCUAUGGAUGCUUUGGCAUCAAUGCAAAGUUUUCUUCGAUCACGACCAAAAGGUUUUGAUUCGAUACCUCAAGCUAUUGAAUGGUGUGUUCGAAGUGGUCAAAUUCGUAAUGUUCAAUCAGCCAAGGUAUCAGUUCCCGGACAAAUUACAAAUAUGGUGAGUGGAAUGUUGGCGACUGAUGAUAUUGACGCAGUUUUAACUUCGACUCAUCCGGAAAGUAGUGUAAAUUUAACUGUUCAAAGAGGUGAUACUAUUCAAGAGGAGGAAACUCUAACAAUGCCAACGCCAGAAAUUCUCAAUUCACUUUUAGAAAAGAAAUAUAAAUGGCGAAUAGAUUUAGCAAAGACUGAGGAACAUUGGGUUGGAUGGUUCAAAGGAUUGUCAGCUGCGUUUUUAAGUAUACCUGCUCCAAAAAUGUUACUUUUAGCUGGUAUCGAUAGAUUAGAUAAAGAACUCACCGUUGGACAAAUGCAAGGAAAGUUCCAAAUGCAAGUUUUGCCAGCUUGUGGACAUGCGGUUCAUGAGGACGUUCCAGAUAAAGUUGCCGAAGCAAUUGCAACAUUUAUGGUGAGACAUAAAUUUGCAGAACCUGCCUCGGAUUUUCCUCGAACAUUCCCCGCCUGUUAACGGAAUAAAAUAGUUAUGGAUGAACAAUAAAUAAUUUCAAAGAAAACUUAUUCUCGUAUAUUGUAAAGAAAACUAAAGGCUGCUUAAAGCAAUGAAAACAAAAAAAAAAUAAUAAGUUAAGUGUGAAAAUGUAGCAUCAUUGUCGAUAUAACUGUGCUUUGGAGCCUCUACAGUAUUUUCAAUACACUUUUUGCUUCGUUAAAUUCCAAAGCUCAGCUGGAAAAGAAAAAUAUCUUAAUUUACGAGUGGUGUUUUUUUUUUUUUGUUGAACAAAUUAUCUUAAUUACUAGGAACGUAUAGAUAUAAUCGCUGGAUUUAAAAAUAUUGCAAUGUGAGAUAUAUAUUGAAAAAAGGAUUAUAUUAAAAUCCUUCUUAAAUUAUUCUUUAUAAUCGAAUUUUUGUAAUUUAUUUUGGGAAAUCUUCAAUAAUGAUAAUGUUUCAUGUGUAUAUAAUAAAUAAUCACAUUUCUGAGAAAAUUGA